AGGAGUCUUCUUUCUCCCACCCCCAGGAACUGUCCCUAUUUCCCAGCGAGCGAGCGCACCCCCAUCCGCCCACCGCCCCCACCCUCGACGGUGCCAGGGCCGGCCGGGUCAGUUUUGCCGCCUCCGCCGCCGCCGCCCCCUUCCCGGCUGAGUCGGGCCUCCCUUCGGAGCCGCCCUUGGAGGGGCGGGCGGGCGGGCGGGGGUCUCCGGGGCCAAGAGGGCCAAAGCGGCUUCUCCCCGCCGGCUCCGCAGCCCCCGACGCUCCUCGGGGCCCCGGACGGAAUGCCGCCUUGCCGUGGGCCGGCCCUGCCCGCGCGGCCCUCCGGCGCCUCCCUCCCUCCGCCCGCCCGCCCGCCCGCCCGGACCAGGGGGAGGGGCGCCACUGGCCCCGCUUCCCUCGACCACUCCCGCCGGCUCCGGAGGCCCGCCCGCGCUCUCCGGCUGACACGUGUCCUUGAGCCCCCACGUUGGCAAGUGGCUCCUGCGGGGGGGCGGGGGGGAGCCUGGGAGCGUCAGCGGCUGGAGACCAUCCUGAGCCUGUGCGCAGAAUACACCCGCAGCGAUGGGCCGUUGGGUGGGGAGCCACUGGCCUUCCCUGGUGCUGCUGGCAGGGGCAGGAGGCCCUCCAAGGGCUCUGUGGGCCACGGCUGUGCUGCAGAGCAGCCCCGGGAGCCCUUGCGCUCUGACGAGGACCCCUUGAAGGAGGAGAGCAGCAGUACAGAGAGCACUGGCCAGGAGCACGAGGAGCCGCUGAGCCCCGCCGCCGGGCAGGAGGCCGUGCUUCUGGAGGAGGCGCGCCCCCGGCUUCUCGCCAGCAUGGACCAGCUGAAGAGUCGGGCCCAGGACCUGGAGCAGCAGCUGCAAGAGACGGCUCGAGAGGCGGAGAUGGAACGGGCCCUCCUGCAAGGGGAGUGUGAGGCGGAGCGGAUCCAGCUGCAGCAGGAGCAGAAGAUGGUGCAGCAGCUGCAGGAACGGCUCUCCACUCUGGACAGCUCCAUCCUUCGGGACCGAGACAAGGAGGCCGAGGCCCUGGAAGCGGAGGCCAGGGGGUUUGAGGACCUGGAGUUCCAGCAGCUGGAGAAGGAGAGCCGCCUGGAGGAGGAGCGGGAGGUCCUGGCCCAGCAGCUGCUCCACAGCCAGGCAGAGAGCUGCCGCAGCAUGGCCCGGAAGAAGGAGCGCAUGGCAGCACUGGAGAGCCAGGCCCACCAGAUCCGGCUGCAGGCUGCUCAGGAGGCCGAGCGGCUCAGCAAGGAGAAGGCUGCCACGCUGCAGCUGCUGCAGAAGGAGAAGGACACCCUCCUUGCGCUGGAGAGACGGUACCGGGAAAUCACUGGUGGCUCUGCGUUCCCCAAGGCCUCCACGCCCCUUCGAGAGGUCUAUCGCUCCAAGUUGGGCAGCAACUCAAGUGGCUCAGCAUGGCCAAAAAGUGGGCCCUCGUCCCCUCAGGGUUGUCCUUUGCUGCCCCAGGAGGGCCCGGUCACCCUGCCCCGGAACCUGGCCAGCACCCUUCAGGAUAUUGAAAGCAAGCGCCAACUGGCUCUGCAACAAAAGGGGCAGCAGGUGAUCGCAGAGCAGCGGAGGCGCCUGGCAGACCUGAAGCAGAAGGCAGCGGCCGAGGCCCAGUGCCAGUGGGAAGCUCUGCAUGGGCCGCCCCACUUCCCCCUUUCGUACUCCCCCCUCAUGCCCCACUCCAUCCUCCAUCAUCACCAUCCCCCCGGGGGCCUGGGCUUGUAUGGGGAGGACCCAGAGGCCGCCUACGACACCCUCAGCUUGGAGAGCUCGGACAGCCUGGACACCAACCUCUCCACCAGCGGUGCCUCAGCCUGCUCCCCUGACAACAUCUCCAGUGCCAGCGGAGCCGAAGUGGGGAAGAUGGAGGAGAUGGCAGCCAUGCUGAAGGAGGCCAACGCAGAGAAGACCCGCCUGAUGGAAUCACGAGAGUGGGAGGCGGAGUUCCAGCACCCGGCGCUGGAGGAAGAGCGGCAGCGGCGGGUACAGCUGGAGCAACAACUGCAGGAUGAGGCCCUGCGACGGCAGAGGCUCAUUGAGAAAGAGGUCAAGAUGCGGGAGAAGCAGUUUGCCCAGGCCCGGCCUCUGACCCGCUACUUGCCCAUCCGCAAAGAGGACUUUGACCUGCGUGCUCACGUAGAGUCCUCGGGCCACAGCGUGGACACCUGCGGCCACGUCAUCCUCUCUGAGAAGAUGUGCAAAGGCUACCUGGUCAAGAUGGGGGGCAAGAUCAAAUCCUGGAGAAAGCGCUGGUUUGUGUUUGAUCGCCUGCGGCGCACGCUCGCCUACUACGCGGACAAGCACGAGACGAAGCUCAAAGGCCUGAUCUAUUUCCAAGCGAUUGAGGAAGUCUACUAUGAUCACCUCCGCAGUGCGGCUAAGAGCCCCAACCCAGCCCUCACCUUCUGCGUCAAGACCCACGAUCGCCUCUACUACGUGGUGGCCCCUUCAGCGGAGGCCAUGCGCAUCUGGAUGGACGUGAUUGUGACCGGAGCCGAGGGGUACACCCAGUUCCUCAGCUGAGGAGGCGACACCAGCCCCAGAGAGCAGCCAGCGGGGCUCCACUUCCGGCCAGCGGGGCUCCACUCCUUCUCCAGGGAGGGAGGAGUCAGAGGGCCUCACCACGCCAAAGACCUCCUGGGGCGGAGAGAGCCCGUGCCCCUCUUUGCUGCAGCAGGGGAGGCAGCCGCCCUCAGGACUGGGCUCCCCCUGCUUUCCUCACCCCCCGCCCCCCUGGUGCUGACUGCAGGGCCCUUUGCGCCCCCGUCCACGGUGCUUGCCAGGGCUCAGCUGAGGCCCUGCUUUCCACCACGUGCCUUGGGAGAGGGAGGGGCCAGAGGGACUUUGCUCCUCCCUCCCAUCAGGGGUUCCCCUGCAGGGCUUGGCAGGCCCUUCUUAUGCAAGUGCUGGUUGGGUUUUCUAAUGUCUCCAUGUUGCCCCGGGCUCUUCGGCGGUGGGGAGGGGAAUAAAGCUUUGUCAGUUCCAUGA